AUUCGAUAUAAAACGUAGUUUUGUUAUAUUUUUGAAUAUUGUUUAGAUUUAAGGAAUUCAUGAAGAUUUUUAAAAAUAUUUAUACAACUCUGUUCGAGCGAAAAUUGAUUUUUCUAAAGAUCUUUUCGUGAAGUUGCUCUAUGCUUUUACUAAAUAUCUGGCAUCUCUGCACCGCUAGUCGCUCUGAAGUUUGGUAUCAGUAUAGUAGUUUAUUUGAAAAAAAAACCUUCAGAUAUAAAAUAAAACACUGCAUUGGGUGAAAACAAGAUACCAACAUUGUAUUGAAUAAGCAUAGUAAUAGUGUAGGACUAUUGUAAAUCGGUAUUACCGAUCUCAAUCAAGAUGUCGAACAUUGCCGAGCAGCACGAUCUUGUAAAGAAAGGUUUGUUCAAAUUUAUUAUUACUCACAUUCCCGGUGCCGAUCUCAGUAUCGUAGACGAUAUAGUAUUGUCAUAUGUAAUAUCAAUUUUGGAAGAGGCUUCGCAGGAUCCGUGUUUCGAUGUUGAAGGUUCCUUCUUUUCAGGUUUUAUCGAAAUGAUGUCAGCAUAUUUCAAUGACUUCGCCAACAUCGAACCAGCAACAGUUUGUUCAUGGAUUUUUCAGUUGGAAAAUCAGCUCUCAACAAAGCAGAAUGUGUCAGGCGAAGUACAGAAUUUGUCUUUAAAUUCGCUUAGUCUUGCUGAUAUUUUACCGGAAGAGAAAUUACGUGGGCGCCAAUCGUCAAUAUUAGAGCCUGAGGCUACCGCGAAUGGUGCUGGUCAUCCUAAGCGUGUUCAACAUUUAUCAGAAACAAGUGAUGCUGGCUCAACGGACAGUUCUAAUUGUGACCUCUUCGGUGAGGAAUGUGAAGUUCUGCAAGAAAUGUUUCCAGAGAGCUCAAUAAUUGAGGUUAAGCAUUGUAUUCUUAUUGCUAAUGGGGAUGUUGAUCGUGCAACCCAAAUUUUAUUGCAUCGUCAGGAGGCUGGACAGAGUCUAAAAGGAAAUCCUAGCAGCUUGCAGAUUAGCAAAACGCUUCCACAAAUUGACGAGACUGAGCUGAAGAACAGAAUUAUUUCUAGAUAUUCCUAUGUAGAUAAAGAGGAUCAUCGGGAAUAUAAACCGGUAGCUCCGAAAGUUGAACCAAAGAAGCUAAUUCGGUAUCGCGAUAACAAGAUAGUAUCAUUAAAAGGAGAGCGCUAUACUGAGGUAUCACGACGAGGAGGUGAUGAGGAGACAGAGCUCAAAAAACCUAAAAAACCGAUUUGUCCGUAACUAAAAAGAACACUGCUGCUGAUGCUCUUCACAGCUACCACAAUAGCUACAAUUUUGUUCAGUAGUAUUCAGGAACUACAAAAGCUAGAUAAACCACAAUUACAUUUGUUUGUCAUGUGUGUAGUAAUUAAUUUAAUCUGCGUCGUAGCUUCUCUGAUCGUACAGGAGAAUAGAGUUGAAUGUAGUAAAAAACACCAGCAGCUAGAAAAAUUCUGCCAAUGUUAUAGGAAUCGUCUAAUAGCAACCAGUAACUGCGGUAAAUGUACACUGUUCUGCAUACAUUCACAGUUGUUAGUUCGUACAGAAUCUGGAGCUAUGUUCCAAAAUCACUACCCAAUGGAGGAACUAGUAUUCUACAAAGAUAGAACAGCUUCUACGAUCUUAUGCGCUCCAUUUGCCAUGAACGUUAAUUUUCCAGAAAGACUUGACCCAGAAACCGUGAUUCACUUGACUAAUACUAUUGUUUAUCAUUUUCAUUUAAUGACUCAAAACACAAAAGAAAUCUCAUAUUAUAUUCCUUAUUAUCGUAGUUUAGGUUUAAGUUUUUUCAGAGUCUUCGAAGAUUUGCAUUUUAUAUUUAUUUUAGUAAUAUUAUUCUUGUACUUAGUAUUGUCUAUUUUUGUAAACAUGUUUAUGUUUAUUAUUUACAUAUGCAUUACACCGAGGAAUGAUAUAUUUUUCAUUCCCUCACUAAUAGACGAGUGUACAUUCAUAUUCGGUAACAACUCCUGAUUUAUCCGAAAUUCAUAUAUUAUUAUUUGAAUUUUUUAUUUUAUUUGAAUAUUUCAUUACUAUACAGUUUAUAAUUGCACACAGAAAAGUAACCAGUGCUGAAAAAUGCAGUGAAUCUUUUGAACCAAUAUUUUGUAUAUACAUACUAACACGAAAUUGUGUUUUAUUUACAGACUAUACAUACUAGAAUUUUCAAGACAGACGACAAUGUUAUGUCGAAUUCGUUUUAACGGCGGUCAACACGAUUUCUAAGACGAAUAUCCGAAUAAAGCUACACCACAGAGAACAGACGUUCAUCUUGUUUUCUAAAGGUGUGUAAAAACUUGCAACCGUCGUUUAACCGUGAGUGGUAAUGCUUCCGCUAUGUGGCGCUCGCGUCAAUGACAAACCAAGCACUAAUAUCGCUAAAAUAUCGAUACGGCACUAUUCAUGCAGUGCAACUGGGCCACCACGAUGAUGUCGUUAGUGUAUCAACGUUUUUUGAUUUAAAUAUUUACACACGAUUAUAUGAACAUGAAUGUCUGUUCUCUGUGGCUACACCAAGCUAUCCUUUUUUUUGCAGUAUUUGUAUUCGUCGGUAGUGUGUUCAAACUAAACUCUGUCCCUCUGGCGUGCUACACGGGGUAAUUAUAAUGUUAUAGUAACGGAGAACAGACGUUCAUCUUACUUUCAUAGGAUGUGUAAACACUUGCAACCGUCACUUAACCCUAACUGGUAAUGCUCCCGCUAAGGCCAUUGACAUACUGAGGCGUCAAAUGAAGCGAAGCAAGAAGCGUCGCAAAAGCGUCCGAGCUGCUUCUUCGAACGUCUAUAUGAAACGCUCAAACCGGUCAUACUCAAGCGGCAACGACGCGUCGGUAGAGGCGGCGAAACAGAACGAGUAGUGUUUUGACGCGCGUAUACUUACGCGGUAAUACCUUGUUCAGGCAAAAUCUUUCAUCGCAAGGUGCUUUAUAUUUGCUUCGUUUUGGUUUGGUAAUUGAAAAAAAGCAAAUAGAAAACAUUUUCGUUUACAAUAUGUUAAAAUGUUUAAAAAAUGUUAGUGAAGUAAUACCAUGUUCAGACUAAACCUGAUAUCGCCAGGUGCUUUAUAUUCACUUUAUUUUGGUCUUAAAUAUUGAAAAUAUCGGGAAAAUUUUUCAGGUAGUCAGGAAAAUAACACUGGUAUUUUUGAUUAAUAUUGCAUGCCUAACAUGCUGCACUUCUCAAGUCGCGAAACGCCAGUCGCUGAGUUACUAGCUGUACUCACAGGGGUUAUUCAAAGCCUAACAGAUAUCAUAAACUAGUUGUACGUUACUCGGGGUCAGCGGGUUUGAAAUUUAGAAUAAUUUCUUUUUUUUUUCAUAUGUCUGUAGCGCAACUGACUUCAGAAAUAUUAUUUUACUUCAUAAAAAAAACUCUAUGUUUACUAAAAACGUGAUUUACCGUGCUUGAAGAAGCAAACAAAUCUUUAUUGGACGAAUUCAUAUUUCCUUUAAACGAAACCACUGCUGGAAUCUACAAAUAUGACAGCACAACGCAUUUGCGACGCUCGCUCCAGUAUGUCAUAGGUAGCUUCACCCAACGCUUCUGUUUAUUCCGCUUCUAAUACGCUCAACGCUUCGCUUCAUUUGACGCCUCAGUAUGUCAGUAGCCUAAGUGGCACCCGCGUCACCGACAAGCCAAGAUAUCGAUAAAAUAUCGAUACAGCAAUCUAUACGCAGUGCAACUGGGGCACCGCAGGACAGAUGUCGUUAGUGUAUUAACGUAUUUUGAUUAGAAUAUUUACACACGAUUUUCAAUUUUUUUACAUGAACAUGAAUGUCUGUUCUCUGUGUUAUAGUGCAAAAACGUAACUACACCGCAGAAGCGAAUUCGACAUUAUAGGGUAUCGAACAUCUUCGUCAGUGGUUUUCUUCGGCCCCUUUUUGCAUAAGAUUGCUGCAGAAAAACUGCCGAAGAAAACCACUGACGAAGACGUUCGAUACCCUAUAUGUUUUGGUAGUACAUAGUACAUCUUAAAAGCACCAGUCGUCGCGCAGUUGCAAUGGCCGCGUCUUUAAUGGCAAUUCCACGACUUUAAAAAAAGCAAGGGGAAUCUUGUUAUAAUUUAAAAUUUUCUACUGCCGCUCAUGUCAAAGUUCAGCAAGUUGACAAAAGCGCCAUAUUUGAUUAAAAUUUAGGCCAACUCAGGAUCCAGGUUUCACCUUUAACCACAUAAAAAAAAUCUUUGUUUUCCAUUUAUCUUGUGCCGAAACACGAGAAAAUCUCUGUUUAUUUCAACGGCUGUUUUAUGCAUGUUUUUGCAAUGUUAGAAAAAAUUAAAAGUUUUUCAAAAGUAUAUUUCAUCAGUAUAUUAACGAUGUUGAGCUUGUUCGUCUUUCGUUUUGAAACCGGGGAACAUUGAUUGUUAGCCAGGAAAACCGAAAAUUCGAAAUUGAAAAACCACUGACCACCUUGUUAACCCGUAAACCCGUAUUUUCAUGGAACCAUAUUUUGAUGUGCGUAAAUGAUAAUUAUACGUCAAAUUGACACAUGGCCACCUAAAUAAUUGAAAAUACAAUUUUAUUUUCAUAAAUUAUUGGUGAAUCACCAGAAUUAAGGCUUCAAUAUUUCUUUAUUGAUUCAGAAGAAACAAUUAAACGACGCACUGUUAGAAAAAAGUGGACAAUAUUGCUGAAAGCGAGAAGUCAAGCUGAAGAAGACCAUUUUUCCAAUAUUCAUCAAUAGACUUUAUGCAACAGAUGAAUUGGAAUUCAGAAGAGCAAUUCUGAUCAAUUUACUCAAAAUGUAAAAUAGUUGAUUCAAAUAAAUGUGUACCAAGAGCACGCGGUGCAAAGCAACAGUCCAAAAACAAUGUCGGGACGAUACUGAAGUUAUUUCUUUACCAUUUACAAUAGAGAUGGACGAACGACUCACGAGCCGAACGGCUCUUCUCGAUCUCCACCGAUUCACCGAUUCGUGAAGUCGAUAAAACAUUUUAUUGUGUUUACUGAUGAUGAUGGAUUUUUGCUUGAAUAUAGUUAUAUAAUAUUAAAUAGUAGAAUUAAAAAAGAGUCGGCUACACAUGUUUGAGGCACGCGCGCGUAGACUGACAUAGACAAUCUACAUAUUGAGUACAUCAGGAUUGAACCCCUGAAAUUGGAACAAAAAGCAUAUCGGGUUAUUAAGUUGCUUUUUGGUUUGUUAAAGCACAUAUGCUGAUAAUUUGAUUUUUGAUGUUUACCUGUUUUCACGAUUUAAAACAAAGGGACUGUAGAGCUCGUUAUUGAGAACUGAGGUAUCACAGGAUAUCUCUCGUAGUUCUGGAUCGUUAUUCAGAACCAAUUCUGAUUAGUUAACACUCCUAAAUGUUAGGUUCGAUUCCUAACCAAGUCCAGAUAAUUCUCGGAUUGGAAACGUUUUGGAUGAGCCUUGAAUCAAUGAUGCUAUUGGAAAAUCGUUUUUUUUUUCUCAUUUAUUUAAAAAAUAAUUGGUAUUCUUUUGAAGGGUUACUAUGUCUUAAUUAAUAACCAGCCCGUUAUUUGUUUGCCAACUGGUUACAUUGUAUGACUCUAUAUAAUAUCUUACUUAGAUAAAUCGACCAGCUCAAACCGAUGUAAGGGUAUGAGGUGGGACCAUCAUCAUCAUCAUCAUCAUCAUCAAACAACUUCCCAAGAAACUCUGUAAACCAUGAGCUGUUCACUUAAGUCGGUUCGCAGUAGAGAGUGAGCGGUUCAGAAGCGUUCUUCGGAAACAGCAGUAUGCCCAGCCCACCCCUAAUUUCGAGUGAUAGUGUGGUUGUGUACCAGGAGUACGUAACCGCUUUGGCUUCUGUGACUCAGACCUAGGCUCCUAAUGGUUAAUGCCUGUUCGGUGCUAAGGCUGGUGCUUUUAUAGUACUAGAUAAUCAUCAAAUUCUUAUUCUGAUAUGGUAAAGCUGGAACAAAUUUCUAUACCUUUCGGCUUCAAAGUGUCUAAUUAAUGUCUAUACUUUUAUGGUUAUUUUGCGGCAGCAUUCAGUUGACAGUUGAGUUUAAGCGAACGAAGAGAAGACAGCGAUGAAAAUUACAUUUUUGUCACCAUUAUCAUUUUCUAACUAUUCGUAGUGAAGAAAGCUAUCUAGCCUAUGCUAGAUAACACGAACCUGUUUGUUAUAAUCAAAAAAAUUCAGUAUCAUAGGCCAGGUGACCAUGUUGAUAAAUCACUGAUGAAAGAGCAGGUUUAAAGAACUAAAGUUUUGUAUAUGGUUUAAUCAAAAUUAUUAAUUUUAUAACUUUAUAUUCUGUAUCUUUUUCUGUACUGAAAUAAUAAAUUCAUAUGAACUAUAA